AUGCCACCCCCGGAGAGCUAUCCAAUCAAGAGGCCUCGACUGGCCUUGAGCUGCAUUGUCUGUCGUCGCCGAAAAGUCCGCUGUGGGAAAGAGCAACCUCAAUGCAACAAUUGUGUGCGUAUGAACGAAGCAUGCGUCUACAAUAUUGGAGCUCGUGAUCCAUGGACUGGCAGAGUACAAAGAGCAGCGGAGGAAGAUGCCGUCUCUCAGAAGGCGAGCAGUAAUGACAAAAUGGCGCCGGAUGUGACAAACCAGCGAGCGAGAUUAAAUCAGGACAUCCAGAGGAACAGAGGCAACUCAAACAGCGGGGACCCGCAUGGCAAAAUUGGAUCAGAAGGGACUCUCGAUUCACCGUUAAAAGAGACCAUUUAUGCUCUGCCUUCUGAUUACCUCAUUAUGCAAGGGGGAUCUCGGACUCGCUAUAUUAGUAAGUCAUUCUGGGGAUUUAUGAAUGGAAAUCCAAAUCUCAACAACGCAUUCUUCUUUGACGAGGAUUCAGAUGCAUCUACCGAUAUACCACCUCCACAUAUCUCUUCAUUGUUCCUAGUAAGGGCUCUAGGGUCUCUCCCAACAAAGCCCGUCUCCGAUGCAUUAACAGACGCAUUUCUGGUGGGCAUAUACCCAAUAUUGCCUCUUGUACGUCUUCCAACGUUUAAGCCUGAAUAUGAUAGAUUUUGGCAGUGGUGUUGGAAUGCUGGUAGCAAAAUGCCUCCAGCAAAGCUCGUCCAAGAUCCCACGUUCAUCUGUCUACUUUUCGCAAUUCUCUUUACUGGUGCCUCGGUAGCACCGGAAUCAGUAUGGGGUUUACCAGCAUUCAAUGGCCUCGAAAAACAGACAAAUGUGAGCCGGCUCAAAACAGCAGUUUAUGAUAGUCUGGCUGCGUGUCAACAUUCUAAAUAUCCGACACUCAACACACUAGUAUCCUCACUACUAGUAAAUCAACUUGAUAAGCCCGAAGGACGGAAUAUUGAAGAUGCGGUAUUCGUGAGCACAAUAAUUCGCCUUGCGCAAAGCAUGGGGCUCCAUCGUGAAAUCAAUUUUGCGGAGCUGGAUGAGCCUUCAAGAGAACAUCGACGUCGGCUAUGGUUAUAUAUUGUUUGGCUGGAUGUCCAGGUCAGCAUUUCCAGUGGCUUGCCACCAUGCUAUGGUUCCGAAGCACUUGAUGCAGUACGUAUGGUGGUCGAAACAAGAGAUGAAGAUCUGAUUUCGGCCUCACAAGACCCCUCACAAGACCCAUCAGUUAUCAUGUUAUAUGCUAUUGGAAGAUAUGAAACAGCGGGCUUUCAGAAUCGACUGCUCAAUAAGCUUGAGGGUGCACAGGGAUUGCCACAGCGGACAUUUCAAGAGGCCAUCGCAGAAAUAAGGGAUCUGCAUUGGAAGAUCGAUACCUUGAUCAGAAAGAUUCCAGCGCAGGGGAUUCCAGAAAAGGGAUUUAUUCCAUUUCAACUGGCGAAUGCAUCACCGCAGACCCACCGGCCCCUCUACGAGGACGGUACAAAAGAGCCUAGUGUGCUAGGUGCAUGGAGCAGAAUCAUGCUUUCACUGCUCAAGUCAGAGAUGGUGAUAAUGGUCCAACAGCCAUUUUUUCCUCCUGUGGCCUCAAAAGAUCAGUAUGCUCAAAGGCUGUGGAACAGUCUUGCUCAAGUAAGCACGAGUUACCUAAAGGUUUACCUGCAGCUUUGUCGGACUUCAGCCUUCCAGCCCUACGCCUGGUUUUUCUCGAGUUGCUAUGGGCCUCGGCAAGCGGCCCUGGUCUUAUUGACCUACCUCCAAGGCCACCCGCAACCCAAAAAUUCACAGUUAGCACGCUACUGUGUGGACGAGUUUGUCGAGUUUCUCACUAUGCAACAAAUCUCUGGUGCAGGUCCUGAUGGUUCUCAGGCGACAUCUCUGACCAAUAUAGCCCUUGUUAGCCUUCACGAGAGGCUGAAGAUAUCGUGGAGAGAUAGACCACCAGAUGAAUCCACCAUGGAUUCUGUAUUUGCAAACGAAGACGUUAUACGACAUAACAUGGUCUCUGAUCCCGCUUGGCAAAUCUUCGUCGAUGGAGUUGAGGAUCUGUCUGCAUCUUUAGUUCAAGGGACAGACGAGAUGAACUUUGGGUACACUGUGGAAAAGCUUCGGCGUCAAUAA